AACAUUUAAGCAUGGAAACAGGCGGCGCACGCCACCCUGCUGUGACGUCAGCGAGGCUGACGAGAGCUCAGACCCAAGAUGGCGGAGGUGAGCGGGUUGAGGAGCAGAGCUCACUUCGAGCCCAACUAUAAAAGCCCGCGAGCCGAGCAAGAAGGCUCGAGCAGAGUCCAAGACGUGCCCGUCGUUCGACGCGGUCCCAGGCCCGCCCCGGCCAGACCGGAGGACCCAGAUCACGACUCGCCUCCGGGCAAGAUGAGCCGGGACGGGGCGACGGCGGGCGGGCUCGGCCCUUCGCCCGACGAAGGCCUUCCGGAAUGGCAGGACGAGGGGGAGGAGGAGGCCCGGCCGGUGCAGAUCCUGCGGGCCCGGGAGGAGGGCGCCGGCUUUGAGCUGGACGCCGACGCGCUGGAGAAGAUCCUGCUGCGGGAGGGCGUGCGCGACCUGGACGUGGUGGUGGUGUCGGUGGCCGGCGCCUUCCGCAAGGGCAAGUCCUUCCUGCUGGACUUUAUGCUGCGCUACAUGUACGAUGGGCAAAAGGAGCGCUGGAUGGGCGGGGACGACGAGCCGCUGACCGGCUUCACCUGGCGGGGAGGCUGCGAGCGGGAGACCACGGGCAUCCAAGUGUGGAGCCACGUCUUUGUGGUGGACAAGCCGGACGGCGGCCAGGUGGCCGUCCUCCUGGCGGACACGCAGGGAGCCUUUGACAGCCAGUCCACCAUCAAGGACUGCGCCACCGUCUUCGCCCUGAGCACCAUGACCAGCUCGGUGCAGGUGUACAACCUCUCGCAGAACAUUCAGGAAGACGACCUGCAGCACCUUCAGCUCUUCACCGAGUACGGCCGCCUCGCCUUGGAAGAGGUCUACUUGAAGCCCUUUCAGUCGCUCAUGUUCCUCAUCCGGGAUUGGAGUUUCCCCUACGAGCACGACUACGGCCCGGAGGGAGGCCGCGCUUUCCUGACCAAGCGGCUUCAGGUGAAGCAGAACCAGCACGAGGAGCUGCAGAACGUCCGCAAGCACAUCCACUCGUGCUUCUCCAACAUCGGCUGCUUCCUGCUGCCCCACCCGGGCCUGCGGGUGUCCACCGACCCUCACUUUGACGGACGGCUAAGAGACAUCGACGGGGACUUUAAGCGGGAGCUGUCGCGGCUGGUGCCUCUCCUCCUGGCCCCCGAACGACUGGUGGUGAAAGAGAUCGGCGGCAACAGAGUCACCUGUCGAGAUCUCGUGGAGUACUUCAAGGCGUACAUCAAGAUCUACCAAGGCGAAGAGCUGCCUCACCCAAAGUCCAUGUUGCAGGCCACGGCGGAGGCAAACAACCUGACGGCCGUAGCCGGAGCCAAAGACAUGUACAGCAAGAACAUGGAGCAGGUGUGCGGCGGCGACAAGCCCUACAUGGCCCCCGCCGACCUGGAGCGGCGCCACGACGAGUUCCGCCAGCACUCGGUGCGCUACUUCCGCUCGGUGAAGAAGAUGGGCGGCGCCGAGUUCUGCCAGCGCUACCAGAGCCAGCUGGAGGCGGAGCUGGACGAGGCCUUCGGCAACUUCUGCAAGCACAACGACGGCAAGAACAUCUUCUACGCCGCGCGCACGCCCGCCACGCUCUUCGCCGUCAUGUUCGCCGCCUACGUGGCGUCGGGCGUGACGGGCCUGGUGGGCCUGAGCGCGCUGGCGGCGCUGGCCGACCUGCUGAUGGGCCUGGCGCUCCUGGCGCUCUGCGCGUGGGCCUACGUCAAGUACUCGGGCGAGUUCCGCGAGGUGGGCGCCGUCAUCGACCUGCUGGCCGAGACGCUGUGGGAACAGGUUCUCAAGCCGCUCAGUGAACAUUACAUGGAAGACGACGUGCGGCAGACGGUGGUCAACUCGCUCAGAGCCAGCCUGACCGAACCCGGCGGCGGCGGCGGCGGCGGCGGCAGCAGUGGCGGCGGCGGCGGCUCCUCUUCGCUGGCCUCCGCCUCCACCUUCCCCUCCUCGUCAUCUUCGCAGCAGCAGCAGCAACAAAACGCCAAGUUAAAGAGGCACUGAUGCACUUCCCUCAUCACCAUCACUCUUCCUCGUGUGCUUACAACUGCGAGGAGUAGAUCAACACCAAAGCUUGCAGUGGCCUUUUGCCAAAAAACUAAAGAAAACAACUAAUCCUGGAAAAUGGACGCCAACUCAUUGCCUUGAAAGCACAACUAUUCCAAUCAGGUCUUUUAGAAACAACAUGGAAGGCAAAUGCAAGCGUUGUGAGAAGCUGCUGACUACGUUAAGAUGCGUCUGUAACCUCGUGCCAUUGUCAUCGAUAGAAACUGUAAGUAAGGGCCAGUCGGCCAUUGAGUUGGGUGGAGUUGAGAGCAGCCGGGCACUUUCACGUGCUUUGUGCUCCUCUUCUGCGUGGCGCUCACAUGAGCCAGGGUCCAACCAAGCAUCUGGACUUGUUCAUGGAAACACUUUGUUUGUUCCCUGACUGACAUUUUGACAAUUAAGUGACAUUAAGCUAGCUGAAAUUGAGCAAGUUUAAGGCUUUAGAUUGCAGGCUAAGUUGUAUUUUUCCCCUGGCUUGAAUCUGCUUACUUCCUCGUACUUUUGGUCCCUCACAUAUUUCACAACACAAAGCCCAUAGGAUCUCACGCUGACGUUUCGACGAGUUAAAGCCGUGGGCACAUCAAGAGAGUUUCACGAUUUCGCUUCACGGGCUUAAAAAAUGCUCCAGCAAAUUUGCCUUACUUUUUUUCACGGCAAACUCGAGGUUGAACAUAUUCACACAAAUUCAUGUCAAAACGAUUCCAAACUUAACUACACCCUCGUUCGUUUUUUCACAAGGACUUAAUUUGACACGGACGAAAAAAAAAUCAAACAAAAAACGGUAAGACGCAGAAAGCAAGUGGCAAGAUGUUGGUAUAGCUUGCUACUCGUCUGCUUUUCGAAAGGCAUGCGCCGCUCCCUCGAGAGAAAACCGCAGAUGACUUGGUCAAUUUUCUCCAACGAUGGUUCAAACUAGAGUAGGACUCAAAUGUGACCUCUGCCCUUUGACGGUCGCAAUCCUUCGAUUCUCAGGAGCCAACAAGCGAGUAGCAGCAUCAUUGAAUCACCUCAAGCGCCGGGGUUUUGUUACGCUGAGAUUGCAUGUUAGAAAUGUCAUUUAAAUCAACUUUGAAUACGUUUUGUAGCGAAUUAAGAUUGUUUUGGUUUGGCUUAAUUUACCGGUCCGGUGUCGUCGUUUUGCUGCUCUUCAAGUGUUUAGACGAGGACGCCGUAAAAUGUGAUUGAUUGAAAGAGGUGGAAGUGUGAUUCCUGUCCACAUGAAAAACAAGACAAAUCAAAGGUAAUUUAUUUUUGAAUAAAGUGUUUACCUUGGGAAAUAACCACAA